AUGGACAUCUCUGUUCUGCCCAACAACAACCACCCGGAGAAGUUCCUCCAGCUGGACGUUGGGAUGCUGCCGGCCACACACGGCAUGUUCCAGGUCGGGGCAGUCGUGUCCAGUCAGAAACACUGGCAGAACAGAGUCUACUCUCAGAGGGGGCAAUGGGUAAAGACUGAGAGCUGGUCUCCUCCAUCCCCAGAGGCCCCUCCCGUGUGGUUUGAGGACAGAUACCUGGAGAAGCACAUCACACCAGACACUCUGAAGUCCAACAUUAAAAGGAACCCUCUGUUCAUGGACAUGAGAGCGAUGGAAGCGGCCUACAACAAAAAGUCCAAGCCCUCCUGGACUGUCAGGGAGUACGACACACAAACAAUCCACGGGAACCUCGCCAAUUAUUUAAAGAAGACUCCGAGAGAUCUGGACUUUUGGCUCGAGGAUCUCUACACACCGGGAUUUGACUCUUUACUGAAGAAGAAAGAAGCGGAACACAAGAGAAAAAGACUUUGUAAAAUCUUUUCUGUAAUCGUUUUGUCUGUUUGUGCCGUACUUAUUGUAAUCAUAGUGCCAGUUGUGGUUCUACAGAAGCAAAACUGA